AAGGUUUGCUCACAGUUUACAUGAGUUAACCAUUGCCUCAGUCUGUCAGUGUGCCGGCAGCAUUAUGUCCUCUCUGUCCGUUCUUCCACCGGAAUGUCUGUUACAGCCUUUCCCCGUCCCCCAGCGACUUAUGCUUGGGCCAGGACCGUCCAAUGUGCCCGCACGGAUCGCAGCAGCCGGAGCACAGCCCAUGCUGGGCCACCUGCACACAGAAACCAUUGAGAUUAUGAAUCAGAUCAAAAGUGGCAUUCAGUAUGCGUUUCAGACCCGAAACCGAGUGACUCUGGCUGUGAGUGGACCGGGUCAUGCUGCUAUGGAGUGUGCCAUCUUUAACUCACUGGAGCCCGGAGAGAGCGUCCUCAUAGCCGUCAAUGGCAUAUGGGGAGAGAGGGCUGCAGAGAUAGCUGGGAGGAUAGGUGCCAAGGUGAACACAGUUGUAACCUCUGCUGGUGGGUACUUUACAAAUGAGGAAAUUGAGCAGGCAUUGGAUAAAUACAGGCCAGUGGUGUUCUUCCUCACACAUGGAGAAUCCUCCACAGGAGUGGUCCACCCCAUAGACGGCAUAGGUGACCUUUGCCACAAGUACAACUGUUUAUUUCUGGUUGAUUCAGUAGCGGCAUUGGGAGGUACUCCUAUCUGCAUGGAUGAGCGAGGUAUUGACAUUAUGUAUACUGGCUCUCAGAAGGUUUUGAACGCACCUCCAGGAACUGCACCAAUCUCCUUCAAAGAUGUUUGUAUUUUUUGCACUGAGGACUUUUUUUGUUAUACAGACAGAGCCACUAAAAUUGGUCAGCUGAUCAGUUCGUACCUGGAGAAGAAAAGCAAUCUGGAGGAUCAUACUGUUCACCUGCUGUUUUCUGCAAACCGAUGGGAAAUGGUGCCUCUGAUGAAACAGAAGUUGGAACAAGGGAUCAGUCUAGUGGUGGACCGGUAUGCGUUUUCAGGAGUGGCCUUCACUAGUGCCAAACCUGGCUUCUCUCUGGAGUGGUGCAUGAAUCCAGAUAUGGGACUUCCAAAACCAGACCUGGUGAUAUUUUUGCAGCUCAAUCCCAGUAUGGCAGCAAACCGUGGAGAAUAUGGAAUUGAACGGUAUGAGACGAGCGCUUUCCAACGCACAGUUCAGCAAAGAUUUGAAGAGCUCAUGCAAGAUUCCUCAGUCAACUGGAAGGUAAUUGAUGCUGCGAGGACCAUAGAAGAGGUGCACAACGAUAUUAAGCUUUUGAGUGAAGACAUCAUCAGUUUAGCCGAGAAUCAGCCAGUUGGAGAGCUGUGGAGGUGAAUGGAUCACCGGCUCUGAGAGCUUUUACGUUUUUUUUAUAUGGAGGUAUACAGAAAAUACAUAGUUAUUG